AUGUUAAGGGCACAUUCACAUAGAAUAAGAAUAUCACCUAUCAUAAAUAAACUUUUUACAAGAUGUUAUGCUACAAGUUUACCUGAAACAUCAAAAGAUAUUCAUCAACCGAAUUUAAAUCCAUUAGGUAGAAAACCAACAAAAGAAAGUAGCCACGGUAAUAUUUUCCAACCAUCAACUUUCACUGAAAUAUUAGAUGUUACAAAUAUGAAUUGGGAUCGAUCAGAUGCUCCAGAAAAAGUUGAAAAACAAAAUACAAAAGUUAGACAUUUUACAAUAAAUUUUGGUCCACAACAUCCAGCAGCUCAUGGAGUUUUAAGAUUAAUUUUAGAAUUACAUGGUGAAGAAAUUGUUCGUAGUGAUCCUCAUGUUGGUUUGUUACAUAGAGGUACAGAAAAAUUGAUUGAAACAAAAACUUAUAUUCAAGCAUUACCAUAUUUUGAUAGAUUAGAUUAUGUUUCAAUGAUGACAAAUGAACAAGUAUUUGCUUUAGCAGUUGAAAAAUUAUUAAAUGUUGAAGUUCCAAUAAGAGCAAAAUAUAUUCGUACAUUAUUUGGAGAAAUUACAAGAAUAUUAAAUCAUUGUAUGUCUGUUUUAACUCAUAUUAUGGAUGUUGGUGGUUUAACACCAUUUUUAUGGGGUUUUGAAGAACGUGAAAAAUUAAUGGAAUUUUAUGAAAGAGUUUCUGGUGCAAGAUUACAUUCAGCAUAUGUUAGACCUGGUGGAGUUGCACAAGAUUUACCUGCUGGUUUAUUAGAUGAUAUUUAUAUGUGGGCUACACAAUUUGGUGAUAGAAUUGAUGAAGUUGAAGAGUUAUGUACUGAUAAUAGAAUUUGGAAAGAAAGAACAAUUGGGGUUGGAUUUGUAAGUGCUGAAGAUGCUUUAAAUUAUUCAUUAUCAGGAGUAAUGUUGAGAGGUUCAGGAGUUCCGUUUGAUGUUAGAAAAUCUCAACCUUAUGAUGCUUAUGAUUUAGUUGAUUUUGAUGUUGCUGUUGGUUUAUAUGGUGAUUGUUAUGAUAGAUAUUUAAUAAGAAUGGCUGAAUUUAGACAAUCUUUAAGAAUAAUUUUUCAAUGUAUUAAUGAUAUGCCACAAGGACCUGUUAAAGUUGAAGAUUUUAAAAUUUCACCACCAUCAAGAGCAUUAAUGAAAGAAGAUAUGGAAGCUUUAAUUCACCAUUUCUUAUUAUUUACAAAAGGUUAUUCUGUUCCGCCAGGUGAAACAUAUACUGCAAUUGAAGCACCAAAGGGGGAAAUGGGUGUUUAUGUUGUAAGUGAUGGUAGUGAAAGACCAUAUAGAUGUAAAAUUAGAGCCCCUGGUUUUGCUCAUUUAGGUGCUUUUGAUCAUAUAUCAAGAGGUAAUUUAUUAGCUGAUGCCGUUGCUAUAAUUGGUACUAUGGAUUUAGUUUUCGGUGAAGUUGAUAGAUAG